UUUGCAUCAUAAAUAUCAAAAAUAGAUCAAAGAUCCCCAGAACUUGAACAUCAAAGAGAUGGAGAAGCUUGUGUCGAGCUGGUUCAAUGAUCGACCCUUGCCACAGUCUUACAUAUUCCCACCAGACACAAGGCCUGGGAACCAUAUCAUUCCUGGAUGCAGUACCAUUCCAGUAGUUGACCUUGGCAAGGCAUCGGGAUGUGAUCGAACAGGAAUUGUUCAACAGAUUCUGGAGGCUAGCCGAGAGUUCGGAUUUUUCCAGGUAAUUAAUCAUGGAGUUUUGGAGAGCCUUGUGAAUGACACCAUGAAUGUCUUCAAGGAGUUCUUCGAGUUGCCAGCAGAGGACAAGGUCGGCGUCUACUCCGAGGAUCCGAAACAACCUUGCAGGCUUUACACAGGUAGUCCUAACUAUGAUAGUGAAAAGAUUCACCUUUGGCGUGACAAUCUGAAGCACCCUUGUCAUCCUUUAGAAGAAUGCAUCAAAAUUUGGCCUCAGAAGCCAACUAGAUAUAGGGAAACUGUGGCUACAUAUUCGAUCGAAGCAAAGAAACUGGGUUUAAGGAUCCUGGAGUUAGUUUCUGAAGGUUUGGGGCUUAGUUCAGGGUUCUUUGGGGAUAAACUAAGUGAAUCAGUGCUUUUAUCAGUGAACCAUUACCCACCGUGCCCGGAUCCAAGCUUGACCCUUGGAGUGUCCAAACAUUGUGACCCUAACCUGUUAACUAUUUUACAUCAGGGUGAUGUAUAUGGACUCCAAGUCUACAAGGAUGACAAUUGGAUAGGUGUCGAGCCGUUGCAUAACGCCUUUGUGGUUAACAUAGGCUACCAGUUGCAGAUUAUCAGUAACAACAAGCUGAAAAGUGCCGAACAUCGGGCGGUGACAAACUUGAAACUUGCUCGAACGACAGCUGCCUUCUUUAUCAACCCAUCUGAUGAUUGCAUUAUAGAGCCUGUAAAAUCUCUUAUUGGAGCCGACGAGUCUCCGGCUUACAGGGCUUUCAGAUACGAAGAGUUCCUGCUUCACUACAUAUCCUUAACGGGAGACACUGAGAAGAGUGUGGAACCCUUCAAACUCAGGCUUGAUCAAAUAAUGUUAAACUCUGGACCACCUCCACAGCUUCCAUGACUCAUCUCUUGCAGUUGAAUCAAACUGUGAUUUAAUGAUUAUGACAAAGA